AUGGCGUAUGCACCUCCUGUAGCAGUGUUUGCUGCGUUCUCUAUAGACCCGGUUGCCACAGUUGAGGCCCUGCAAGAUCCUUCCGUCACCGCUAUCGCUCGUAUGAUGUCUCCUCGCAAGUACGUUGGAUUCAUAUACGACGUCAUUUCGAAAAGUCGUCCCCGUCAUCGUUGCACAUUCUCCGUGGUUAAUCGAGGCUUACCUGAAAUUUCGAAGAAGAGGUUUAUCGAUGCAUCUAUGUGUGUGCCAAUCUCCCCCACCACAUACCACCCACUCGGCCGAGAACCUUUCCACCCAAAUAAGCUUCUGCCCUGGAAGGACUUGUACACCGCUGACACGCGAGUUACUUUGCGCGUGGUGACAAAGUUGAUGGAUACCCGCCCUGCUGUGACGAUCUCCGAACAGGACCUCAACCGUAUCUAUCGGAUUGCCGUUGAGGAUGCCACCCAUCAACGAAAGCUGGCACUCGGCCAAGUGCCGUUUAUUGACGGACCGCCCAUACCAUCCGACGCUCAGACUUCCGGCACGGUCGAUGAUUAUAGCUCGGAGUUUGAUUACGAAGUUGAAGAUCCAGGCGACGAGCCACGGCCGCCUGAGUGGUUUCCUCAGAUCGAUCCAGAAGCUUUUGCAGAACAUCGUCGGAGGCUUGCCGCUCUGGACGCAAGCACGGCCCCGAAUUCGGAUGAGGAAGAGGAACCUGAUAGCGAUGACAGUUUUUCAUCUUUGUCCACUUGGAGUCUGAAGGAGAACCCUGCCUACAUGACUAUGCCCAUCGUCAACGUGGAAUAUGAUCUCUCAACUGUCGGGGAACUCAACGAUCCUCAGCUGCUUCUCGACGAGAUGGCCGCUCUAGAAAUGUGA